CUAGAGCCGCGACUCCAACAAGGCCGCAGGCCGUGCGUGGAAACCCCAAAGGGCGCAGAGCACCACGGGGGUCGGGGGGGUCCCUGGAGCCAGCUCCCCUGCCGCCUGCGCGCCAGAGCCGUCGGGGCGAUGGCGCAAGACUCCGCUCCACCCCCCGAGCGACAACAGCCACGGUGACAAGAUGGCAGCCCAGCGCCCGGCAGUCGUGCCACAGGCGCGCAGGGCCCAGGCGGCUGCCCCCGCCCCCCAAUAACGCUUCGGCGCCCUGGGGCUCGGCCCCCAGCGGGCCUGCCUCUUAAAACUCCAAACCAAAAUAAAACACCUGGAGCUCGCGCCCCGCUCGGGAGGCCAGGCCGGCGGCGCGCGCGCACCCUAAGCCCCCAGCUGCCCGCCCGCAGGCCCGCGCCCCGCAUUCCGCGCCCCGCAUUCCGAGCCCCGCGCCCGCCGUGGGGGAGGGGCGGUCGGUCGCGGGAGCCCAGGAAACAUGGCUGCUCGUCCUAGUUCGGCGUCGCGGCGUGGCCACCAGCCCUCGGAUCCGAGUUGGGAGAGGUUCCGAAGGUCUGGAGGAGGAACUAAGGGCAAGAGGAAGAAGCCGGCCUGCUUGGCCAGAGAAUCGAGGCUCCUAGGCUGGAGGGGCGACGAUCGACGCGCGCUGCUCCCCAAACUCCGCGCCACCCCGGCCACCGAGGCGGAGGGGCGCUUCCCGACCGCGUCCCUGGUCCCCGCGAGGGACCUACGGGAACUCGGCCGGCGUCUCCGCCUAAGACCCACGGGUCGCCAACACUGUGCCGCCAACUCGCAGAAAACACGCGCGUUGGGAAGCGAGAGGGAGCCAGAAAUAAAAACCAGCGUUCAAGCCAUCACCCUCUGCGUCCCCUCCGCGGCGGUGGGCUCUCGCGUCCCCACCCGCAUUCCAGGAGGCAGCCCCUCUCCUCCCCAUCCCCCGAUCACCUCCCCCCCAGGCGGAGUCGGGGAGCCGCGGGCCCCGAGGGCGAUCGCGCCCCUUUCUCUCCGACCCCGGCGCGUGCGCCCGCCGGCCCCCGAUGGGUGCACACUCGCACCCACACUCGCACACGCGGGAGCACACGCACAGGUAGUCACACACCAAGGGCAGCGGCGGCGGCAGCCGGAACACGCACGGGUGGCAUUGCAACCCCCCCCAACAACCUUGCAAUUCAUUUGCAGUCCGACCCCCAAGCCCACACCUCCCGGGCGCCCCCCUAAAAAAAGUCCCUCCCCCCCAACGCGCACACACACAUACACACACACAUACACAAAGUAGGAGAAUGGACCGACAGAGAUAUUUUUGGCAAA